AUGGUACAAUUUCUUAGGCUUGGAGGUAACCCAAUAUAUGGAAAACAUAAUUUAUCCAAUACGGCUGUUUGGCCAGUUACUCAUCAAGUUUCUACUACGAUUCAAACAACAACUACUCCCCCUCUUCCGGUCACGUGUAAUAAAACUUCUAUCAUCACAGCAGUAGCUCUAAAUCAGCCAGUAGGAGACCCCUCGACUAGCGCAUGCCCAGAUACCACUUUCCAGUCUCCAGAAUCUUUACUUACUAAUUAUUGUGGAAUUCCACUCGUAUCCAAUUGGAAACAGGGUCAAAAGGUCAUUGAUGAGUGUCAUUCAAAUCCAAAUAGUACACUAUCGUACACCCCUGUUUCAACUAUUGCGCAUGGUCAUCAUGAUAUCAUGUCCGGUAUUUUUAUCCGUUGUAUAAGUGGUGGAUUUUCGAUGAUUGCUCAGACCUGCACAACGACACCUAGCGUUCUAAAUAUUACCCAUGGUUCUCUGUACCAUUUGCCGGAUUUUCGUUUUGUUCUUUCAUGACAUAUGUUCCUGUGAACGAGUAGCCUA